AUGGAGGAUGGAUGUGAUUCAUCCUCGUCGCCUGCUGUCGAUUCGGCGCCUGACACGCCUACGACCCCACAUUCUUCAACGAAUCUUGACGAGGCAACUUUCAAGAGCAACCUGCAGGUCUUCUUGAAAAGGCAGGAUGAGGAACUGAUAAAGAAUAAAGAGUUUAUGGAAAAAAUGGAACAAAACAAAAAAGAAAAUGAUGAUAGAUCUCCAGAAGACAAGGAAAAAGGAGAUGAAGCUCAUAAACACGACGAGGAAACAGAACAGAAGGAAGAAAAGAAGACAGAAUACAAAGAGAAGAAGGAAGAUACAGAGAAGGAGCAUAAGGAGAAGACAGAACACAAAGAGAAGAAGGAAGAUACAGAGAAGGAGCAUAAGGAGAAGACAAAACAUAAAGAAAAGAAGGAAGAUACAGAGAAGAAGGAGCAUAAGGAGAAGACAGAACACAAAGAGAAGAAGGAAGAUACAGAGAAGAAGGAGCAUAAGGAGAAGACAGAACACAAAGAGAAGAAGGAAGAUACAGAGAAGAAGGAGCAUAAGGAGAAGACAGAACACAAAGAGAAGAAGGAGCAUAAGGAGAAGACAGAACACAAAGAGAAGAAGGAGCAUAAGGAGAAGACAGAACAUAGAGAGAAGAAGGAAGAUACAGAGAAGGAGCAUAAGGAGAAGCCAGAACACAAAGAGAAGAAGGAAGAUACAGAGAAGGAGCAUAAGGAGAAGACAGAACACAAAGAGAAGAAGGAAGAUACAGAGAAGAAGGAGCAUAAGGAGAAGACAGAACAUAAAGAGAAGAAGGAAGAUACAGAGAAGAAAAAACGUAAAGAGAAAAAUGAAGAUAAAGACAAGAAGAAACAUAAAGAGAAAGAAGAACAGAAGGAGAAGAAAGAACAGAAAGUAAAGAAGGAAAAAGAGAUGAAAAAUUCACCAAGCACCAAAUGGAAGAAAGAAGUGGAAGAAAUAAAGAGACCAAAAGAAAAGGAGGCGAGCAAGGAAGUAAAAUCACAGGGGUUUCUCUGCAUUAAGAAGGGACCAUUCAGCUCCUGGAAGCGGUACUACUUCGUGCUGGACGGCCGCCUACUGACGUACUACCGCUCGCAGCAUGACUACGAGAAGCUGUCAGGGCUCAAAGGCUCGCUGGACCUGGCCCUGCUUGAAAACGUCCGCCUCACCAAACCCGGGAUAAUGAAGACUCACUUUCCUUUUCAUCUCUCGCGCCGGAACCUCUCCUCCAUGAAUCUAGCGGCGGACACGAGCGAGGAGAGGGAGAAGUGGCUCAAGAUCUUAGAGGAUAUCCUUCAGCGACCCCAGAGGCUCUCCUCUUCUGACAACACCCUUGAAAUUACCAGCUCGUGCGGCGCUACCAAACAACUAGCGGUGAGUGGAGAGAUAGUGAGAACGAUAUAGAAGGUUAGACAGACAAACAGACAAGCAAUAUAAGGCACACUUGACUCUACGGGGUCAUUUGUCGCCUCAGACCACCCAAUCGUGAGGAUAUAUAUGUGAGGAGGAAAGAUGGGGAGAAUCAACUUAUAUUCCAGAGCCAUAGAGAGUUCGGCCAACCGGGCGCCUUGCUGUUACUUGGCGGGUGGGAAGUCUUCUUGGGCUGUCUCCCACAUAGUUUAUAAACAUGUUUAUUCAAUCUUAAACAUGUCUGAUAAUUUUACUGAAUAUAAAUCAUCAUAAUCAUCAUCCUCUACAGUACGAGCACAAACUUCAACAGCUGAGUAACAAACAUGGCGCCAGCUUAUAACCGAUUUGGCCGAACUCUAUGGCUCUGCCUAUAUCCAUAGUGAGGAGCAGUAGGGAGGCAAGCCUACGCGUAAUAUAACCACUACACCGGCUAACUAUCAAUAAACACUCUGUUCUCCUAAAGAUCGUUCGUUAUACAUGGAACGAUUCACAGCAACAUGAUUGUCAACUCUUGGAAUCGGACCCUUACUGAGAGACACAGUUGUAUAUAAUAAAACAAAUUCGAAUCCAACUGAUGUUCCUUUCAGCUGUGAGUACGAGAAUAUAUAUAUUAUAUUAUGCAGCUCCAAAAAGUGAAGAAACAUAUUCGCCUCGAGUACAAGGACCAAGCGGUCUCUCACUCAAGGGGUUACUGCCCAGGCAACAAUCUACCUCACUUCUUGAACUGUCAGGCAUCUCUAUCUAUCUAUGCGUGUUCGCCCUUUAUGAGCUGACUCCCGUAGUGACAACGAAGCUGAAUUGUUUGGAUAUUUUUUUUAAUUUUUAGGAUUUGUGUGAUUCUGCUCUCCAAUUUCGUUUGGUUAUUUCUCUCCCUUUUACGGUCGCGUUUCCAUAUAAUUUCGAAGUUAUUUGUGGUCCUUGUCAUAUUUCCGUAGUACGAAAUGAAACAGCUACAUUAUCACACCUCUGCCAGUUUGAAGGAAAUUUUCAUGUUAAAUUUUCUGAUAACAUGGAGCUGCCGAAUGCACGAUUGCUUCACUUCUCUGAACACUAAGCAGUUUUUCAGUUGGCAAAACCCUGGUACUGCCUUCACCAACUUUUCCUUCGCGAUGUGAGUAUAUGUGCUGCAUCUGCUUCCGCAUUUUACUACAAAACCUUUAAAAAAUUGCAUGCAAGUAAAUUGUACCUUAGAGAAUGAUGGUAGUUACAUAAAACUUGAAUCUCUAAGUUUUGUAUCUCAAAAGUUCCUCCAUAUCUGAGUGGAGAUAGGAGAAACAUCUUUAAUGACACGUUCUCCAGUUACGAGAAUUUGAGAAUUCCGUAUGGUCAUUUCCUCGGUCAGGGAUGUUAGUGAUGAUGUUCCCUCUAUGCUGCACCCGUGCGCGGCCACACAACAGUUACUCAAGAGCAGAGCAAUUAAUUUUUCCAGCUGCGCAUAUCGUCAAAGACGUGACAUCUGUGUUGCAUAUUAAAUAAGCAUCUUAAGCAGCGCACCUUGUUAAGCAUCCUUUGUUUUUAUUUUCUGUCUACUUCUUACAUAUCUCUGUUAAUUUUUACAAUGCCCUAAACAUUAUAUAGUGGCGUAUAACUCUUUCUUUGUACGUAUGGUUCAUAUUACCUUGAAAUUGGCGCACACAAUAAAAUUCAUUCUGCAUUGUGACAUAAAGAAUCAGAGGCAAGCUUGAAUGUUACCCAAACCAACCUAACCUAACCUAUAAUAUUUAAUAAACUUAACCUAUUUGGAAUUUAUCCACGUUAUUAUGCUGGUGGUGGGAUUUUGUUCACUGCAAAACAACCUGAUGGGGCCUGAUGGGUGUACCAGUUGAACAAAUGUACUCAAAGUCACAACACAACGUCCUGUCUCCAACAUCACGUAGUGCCAGAACAUAGAAUACGUCACCCCCGAGGAAGCUGGGGUGAUAAGGAGAGAGAAAUCAUCGGAUGACUUCCUGUUGACGCUGAUGGCUGUGUGUGUGUGGGGGUGAUUUCAUCCUUUGCAGCCGCCAUUUCAAACCUCGCGCCUCUACAACACUAAACAAUAAUUCCUUAAUGUUCCCUGAUUUGUAUUGUCCGGUUUUGUUUUGUUUGUUAAUUCUUUCAACACUAAGACCAUUUUAUUAACUCUUUUUUCUUAGGUCCACACCUGUCAGUUAUCGCUCUAGUUCCGCCCCGACAUUGAUGGAAGGAUCUUGAGGACUGGUUUGGGGGUUGAAUUAUCAUUUUCCUCUAACUUUUAAACGAUCUUCGUUACGGUCCUCAGUCAUCAUCCUUUUUAACAAUUGCCAUUAAACCAAGACUA